GUUCAAUCGCUUUAUCGUCGAGUCCUUUACAAGUUUGCGAGCGCACGCAACGCACUUCCUCAACAUGAGCUACGUCACCCGCCGGGCGCUCUCGACGCUCAUUCCGCCCAAGGUCGCCUCUCCGAAUGCGAUUGGCGCCCCUCGGGAUGCUCUCCGCAUGCAGCGCGUCGUGAACUUCUACGAGAAGCUUCCCCGAGGACCGGCUCCCGAGGUCAAGCCCACUGGCAUCCUCGGCAGGUACCAGGCCAAGCACUUUGGCAAGAACCCGACGGUGAAGCCCGUUAUCCAUGCCAUCGUCUUGCUCCUCAUCGUUGGCUAUGCUCAGAACUACUACUUCCACCUCCGCCACCACAAGAACCAUGCCCACUAAAUCAUAUGUGAGAGGCCGCUCAGCUAGGUGAUGGCCCCUGGUCUGUACAUAAGUGUUAUGAAAUAGACAAAGUGCUCAACAUGCACUGUAACCGAGUUCCCUUUGUUCCUUGCAGCAUGGACACAUUCAAAAGGGUCGUGUUUUCAAGAUGCUCGAUUAUCUAGCCUCGAUGGCUGUGGAAUGCCUUACCCUUCUUUGGAGCAUCUUAAAAUUCGUGUGAUCGCUUGAAGUUGGACGGAAGGUCAGGUCACUCCAAUCUGUCUCUCGGCUGUCGGUUCUCUACAUUACCCUUCCAGCUUCUGGGCUAAAAUCCAGCGGCCAGACUGACGGGAAGGCUGCGAGAAGCUGGGGUGGUAAAUACAGAUAGACAGCAAUCAAUCACUCCGAGUAGAGUCAUCCAUUGCAACCCC